AUGUCCUCAUUCUCGGAGAAUAAUGUACCAGGCUCAGACUUCCUCCCACCGGAAUCAGCACAGGUACCAAAAUCAUUAUUCGGUGGACCAAGCAGUGAUGUCUUGCAACCCUCUUCUCAGCCUGAGAGAUCUCGGCCCUCGCUCUUUGGGGGUCCCUCAGCGCAGGAUACACUUCUAGGCCCCAUUCCCGAGUCCGAUAUGAUGGAUGAAACUUCAGAUCAAGUCGAAUAUGACCACGACAUGCUCAUGCCAGAACGGCCACUGGCAUCUGAUUUCGAUUCUAACGAGGAAGGCCUUCGGGCAAGUCCUCAUCGCGGAAGGAGGCGAUCACGGCGUAACUACAGCUCUCAGACCAUGCGGUCUAGCCCGCCAGCGGGUCUCAGUCAAACCACCCUCCAGACAGACCCCGAGCCGAUCCAUUACGUAGUGGAUCGUGGCCUCGACCUGCCGCCAGGAACUGAGCGACCAAAUUUAUUCCAGGGCGCCGCAAGCUCAUGGCGAAGGUACAAUGCUGAUGAAAUUGGAGCAUGUACCGCCAUGAUCACCGAACGGUCGAGAGAUUUAGGGGCUCACCUCUACAAUGCUCAUGCGAUUCGCAGGCGAAUACGCGACUCCGUUCAAAACAAAACGGAAACUAAUGAGAAGAAAACAUUCGCAGUUCCUAGACGAUGGACUGUAUGGCCUGUGCCCGCUGCACAAGUCCCGCGCCUGGAUGAGCGUCUUCACAACCACAUGGAUGAGACUGGGUCUAUGCGUAUGGCCCCGGAUCCACGGCCUAGCGCGGGCUUGGAAGAAUCUAUCACGGCAGUUCUUCUCAAGGCUGCCAAAAACAAAUACCGAGCUCGGGAGUGGGAUUACGAAGAUGUCAAAAGCGACCUCGACAAGAGAAUUCACAACAAGGAUGAUAUGAUGGCCGAGGAACUGGAGAAGAAGGAAUAUGGAAGACCAUUGAAUUCGACAACUAUGGAGCCGAUGAUGCAGGCUGAUGACGAUAAAUCAACCAAGCAACUACGUCCCCUAGCGCGCAACGUUAUCACCCAACUGGACAAACUUCUGUACGGUCUUCAUUGCGCCAUGAAAGGUCGAAAGUACGAUGAGGAAUCCGGAGCCGAGCAUUCAUCAGAAGAAGACGAAGCAGAUCGCACCCCACGAAAGAAAAAAAGUGAGAAUAGAAGUGAAUCCCGUGGCAGGAAACGGGUUCGAAAUGGCUCCCCCCGGAAGCAACAACGACCUCUCUCAGUCAAUGCCCAGGAAUUGUCAGAAAAAGACACCGAGACUGCUCUACCAGAUCCAUCCGAGGUGCGAGAUUCGUCCUGCGACUCGAUCGAAAGCCUAGAGGGAAAUCAUUACAUCAAGGGCAGGCUCCAACUGCGCGACUGGAGUGAGGUGAUGGGCCUAGCAUCGAUGAUGGGUCUUCCUUCCACGGCCGUGACGCGUGCCUCGAAACGAUGUGCCGAUCUCUUUGGCGAAGACAUGGAAUUCCACACAAUGGCCGAGGGCAGGGUCAAAAAGAAACGCAACAACGACGAGCAGUGGGUCUACACCUACACCGAGAGUGAUUCCGACGAUGAAUCAGCGCCAGCAACACCACAGCCCAAGUCGCGGGCAAAAUCCAAGAAAGCCUACAAGCCUCGAUCCGAGCCAAAAGCAACAGCAAAGAAAUACAGGCCGAAGAAAGCAAAGACACCUGCGAUUGUUCCUCCAUCUGCGUCCGCAUCACCGGUCCCCGAGGCUGCCAUGAUCCGAGAACCAGCCCCGAGCAAGGAGCCGAAACGGACGAGACCGGGUCUUGGGAAGGGUGAUCACCGCAAACUGGAUAUUGUUUGUCCUUUUGAGGGCUGCAGUCGACAUACGAAAGGCUUCUCGCGGACAUGGAAUCUCAAUCAGCAUUUGAAGAAGGCUCAUCCUUCAUAUGCACUUUCUGGAAACGAAAGGUCGCAGUCUCGCGCUGGGACUACUCGUGAGGAUGAGGACCUGAUUCAGGUAGAUUAG